ACUAUACAUCUGUUGCCCCCCGUCUCCUCUCCGGUAGGUAAAAGUAACGCACGAAACUCAAAUUUUUUGAAUUAUUUGACUCAAAUCGCUUCAUAACUCGUUCAAAUUUUGACAUUUGAUGUUUCCCAAUUCCCACCAUUGAGUGUAGUUCAUUUUGCAAUGCUAAUUGAUUAACCACAAGCAUCCAUGGAAGGUGAAACUCCCACUAGUUUAAUUAGUAGGAUUCAUACUUCCUUCACUGAUGGAAUUUAUUUUGCGGCAUCAAUGUCUUCCCUCAAAUCCACUGAAUUUGAACUGGUUCAAGGUAUACUGCAUAUAUUACAGGGUAAUUCUAGCCCGUUCUUCACUUGGGAUGAAAUUGGUUGUCGAUUUUAUGCCAAAAUUGGGAUUUAUGUGACACAUCUUUCUCAAAAGAGCUUACAUGAUGUACUCAAUCACUUUUUAUAUGCUGCUACUUGUUUAAGGCUAGUUGAGUUUGUUGUUGAAAAAAUUGAGAAAGAGGGCAAAUGCUUUCCUACGUUAAGAGCAUUCGGGAGUUCAGUUUCUGCUUGGCUUAAGAGGUCACGAGAUAUUGCUUUGAAGGAAGAAAUAAAGAUUAAUGACUCUAAUCCAAGGGUUGUUCCUACACUAUUAGGGAUGGCAAACACUUUUUCCAGCCUUUGUUCAGGAGCUGAGUUUUUGUUACAAAUAGUCCGUGAAGCAGUCCCAAAGUUCUGGUUUGAUUCCCUGAAUUCUAUCCCUGUGGCUGAAGUGGCUGUUCAUAUUCUUGAUAAUCUUUACAAGAAGCUAAAUGAAAGUUGUCUUGUGCAGGGUGGUGAGGAGGAAGCAUACCGGAUGCUCCUUCAUUUAUUUGUUGGAAGUCUGGUGCCAUAUAUUGAGAUUCUAGAUUCCUGGAUUUUUGAAGGAAUUCUUGAUGAUCCAUAUAAUGAGUUGUUCUUCUAUGAAAAUAAAUCCAUGUCAAUUAAUGACACUGAAUUCUGGGAAAAGAGCUAUCUAUCGAGAACCCUGACGCAUCAAAAGGUUGCAACUGAGAUCUCUGGCAUGGCUGUGAAGCAUCCGGCAUGCCCAUUGUUUAUCAAGGACAUAGCUAAAGAAAUUAUUUCAGCUGGAAAGUCUCUGCAGCUAAUCAGGCAUGUUCCUAUGACUUCGAAUGUGACAUCACCUUCAGGAGGGAGAUAUGGAAACCUGGAUAGUCUUAAAACCUUUAGUGGUUCUACAGAGCUUUCUGAAGUACGUCGAAGGUACAGUGCACCAGGAUUGACAUUGGUAGAGGUUUUUUUUGUGUCUGUGGCAGGUAUUAUAGGCCAUGGGGAUCAUGUGUAUAAUUAUUUUUUGCAAGAUAAGUUACCCUCUAUGAUUCCUUGUGUAUUGCGAUGUGAAGUGGAGAGGCAAAAACUUAGAGCAAGAGAUGAUACAAGUUCUGCUACGACAUGUGCGAGGAAAAUUUGGGUGGAGUGUUUGGACAAUGCAUUACAGGAACGAGAAGCAUCUCGUCAAGUGGAAACCUCAUUGUCUCAUGGUAAAGGAGAUGUAAACACCAGUCUUAUAAAUGAACAGCUACUUGUGAAAUCUUUCUGUCCUGAAAAUCCUGUUAUUACAAUUUGUCAAAACUUACUGAACAACAACAAAGAUGCACUGAGAAUCUUGUCUUUGUCGAGCGGUGCCAACCUUCCCCCACUAAAUGAUGAGGAUUUACGGGAGGCAAUUUAUAAUAUUGGGAGUAGAGGAGCUUCGUCAACCACACAAACCAAUUUUGCUUUUGGUUUUCAAUUUAGUGAAUCACAAUAUCUUCGUUCGAUAGAAGAAACAAGACUCAUGGAAAGCAUGUUCCCCUUUCCAACAGUUCUCCCAUCAUAUCAGGACAACAUUCAGAUGUCAGAACUAUUUCCUCUUCAGAAAAAUAGUACUUUGUCCUCCAAAAUUCUCCACUGGAUUCAAUAUGCUGAGCCAAAGGGCUGUCCACUGCCUUUGGUUAUCCUGCAAGAAUGUCUCACAGUCUACAUUAAGAAGCAGGUGGAUAUCAUUGGAAGUCACAUGCUGUCCAAAUUACUCCAGGAUUGGAGACUGAUGGAUGAGCUGGAAGUUCUGCGUGCUAUCUACUUGCUUGGUUCAGGGGAUCUACUUCAGCACUUCUUGAUAGUAAUUUUUAAUAAGCUGGAUAAAGGAGAGUCGUGGGAUGAUGAAUUUGAGUUGAACAUGAUACUGCAGGAGUCAAUCAGAAAUUCUUCAGAUGCCAUGCUAUUGGCUGCUCCAGAUUCGUUGGUUGUCUCCAUCACUAAACCCCAUGGUCUUGAUGGCAGUGAUCAGCAGAAUACUUCUGUUGCUCCUACUUCUCGUAAAGUACAUGAGUAUAGCAUGGGUGUUAAUGGUCUUGAUGUACUUAACUUCACCUACAAGGUUUCUUGGCCGCUUGAACUUAUUGCCAACACAGAGGCAAUUAGAAAAUAUAACCAGGUUAUGCAUUUUUUGUUGAAAGUCAAGCGUGCAAAGUUUGUACUGGACAAAGUUCGCAGAUGGAUCUGGAAGAAAAAGGGGGUGGUAACAGUCAACUGCAAGCGCCAUUGGUUAGUAGAGCAGAAGCUUUUACAUUUUGUAGAUGCUUUUCACCAAUAUGUGAUGGAUAGAGUCUAUCAUAGUGCAUGGCGUGAGAUGUGCCAAGGUAUUGCUGCAGCACGUUCUUUAGAUGAAGUAAUUGAAGUCCAUGAGGCCUACUUGCUAUCAAUUCAAAGGCAAUGCUUUGUUGUUCCUGAUAAGCUGGGGGCGCUGAUAGCCAGCAGGAUAAACACUAUCCUUGGAUUGGCUUUGGACUUCUACUCAAUACAGCAGAUGCUUAAUAGUGGUGGGGCAGUUUCUGCCAUUAAGGCUAAAUAUCAGAUGGAAGUUGAUCGUGUUGAGAAGCAGUUCGAUGAUUGCAUUGCGUUUCUCCUGAGAGUACUAUCCUUUAAGCUGAAUGUGGGACACUUUCCUCAUUUGGCAAAUUUAGUGACAAGAAUCAAUUAUAACUACUACUACAUGUCUGAUAAUGGUAACAUGAUGACAGCUCCUGGAUCUGAAUCAGUUAAAUCUGGAAAAACCAUUCCUGGCAGACCUGGAUAAUUCGAUAGCUUCAUUUUCUAUGUAUCAGAAAAACAGAUAUAUUCCGUAGUAUUAUCGCAUUUAAAGGAUCUUCUGCAAGUCAAAGAGAUCGACGCUGUGCAAUGUCCCUACCUUAGGUCACACGAUUGCCAUAAAUUCUUUUCCUGAUGCUGAAUUCUUUUUAUGAGCUCGUUAAAUGAAGCAGACAGCCUUCGGCGCUUGAAAGUUUUGUACUGUUGCAGGUUGUUUUUUUUAACCUAUAUUGGUGUAACUUUAUGUAAUCUUUUCAUUGUCUUAGUGAACUGAAGUGGUUGUGUAAUUUUAUUAAGCAGACAGAUUUCACAGAAAGGUUUUGGCUAGUUUUUGCUUGUAUAUAUGAUGCCUGUGUUCUAUACUUC